CAUCCCCUCGGCCGCCAUCCCUACCAUAGCUUUUUCGACUGCACGCUGUCUCUAUCAGUCUUUCUCUUUCUAUCUAAUGGCACUUAGAUAUCGCCAUCUCUUUCGCACACGGAGCGAACGACACGCAUACGUGUGUAGUUAGUCGAGCGCUUAUAUAUCAGUCGAGCGUAGAACGACGAGACUACCAUAAAGUGAUCGUCUCUGAUCGACAGCGGACGGAUUUCUGUACGUCUUUCUUUGCCGUUCAGAUUAAACAAGACAAACCGAAGACAAGAAAAUGACCGGUCGCGGUAAAGGUGGAAAGGGUCUGGGGAAAGGAGGCGCGAAGCGACACAGGAAAGUGCUCCGUGAUAACAUCCAAGGUAUCACGAAACCGGCCAUCCGUCGUCUCGCACGCAGAGGCGGUGUGAAACGUAUAUCCGGUCUGAUAUACGAAGAGACUCGCGGUGUCCUCAAAGUGUUCCUCGAGAACGUAAUCCGCGACGCCGUCACCUACACCGAGCACGCGAAGAGGAAGACCGUCACCGCCAUGGACGUAGUGUACGCCCUGAAACGUCAGGGACGUACUCUGUACGGUUUCGGCGAACCGGACAGGAGUGUCACACUAGCUGGACGCACUGAAACACCAUCAGAUCACAUUCCAGACCUAAAGACGACGCCAACAACGCCAGGACAACUCACCAAAAGGAACACCACUGACGCAAAACCAGCGCCAGUUCCAACAAAUCACCCGGCUCCUACAAAGAGCCGUACCCGACGAACCGGUCUGUACAAUAGCGUCUCACCGCGGCCGACCGAAAGGAAAUCCCAAGCGGGACUUAUCCUGACGGCCCCGACCGCGAGCGAGGCGUCUAGACUACGUUUUCCACCCACGACCGCAGGUCGCUCGCUGGACCUCCCCGAACGGGGUCUCAUCCGAAUGCCGAAUACCGCUUCUUCUCCACUCUCUCUACUUGCCACCCUCACCCAUCUGCAGCCUUCACCGCCAACGAUGGAACUUGAUCUCAACGAGACACGCAUACGCAAACACACACUUGGCAGCAGCAAGAUGUCUCCGAACCUUCCUUCUGUACCACGACAUCUGUCGUGCGCAGACAUUCACAGAGCAGGUCGUUCGCUGGACCUCCCCUUACGGGGUCUCAUCCGGUGCGUGUUCGUUCAUUCAUCGUCAAGGAUGGCUCGUACUAAGCAGACGGCCCGAAAAUCUACCGGUGGUAAGGCACCGCGCAAGCAGCUCGCCACCAAGGCGGCUCGCAAGAGCGCUCCUGCCACGGGAGGUGUGAAGAAACCUCAUCGUUACAGACCCGGUACGGUCGCCCUUCGUGAGAUCCGUCGUUACCAGAAGAGCACUGAGCUUCUGAUCCGCAAACUGCCAUUCCAGCGUCUCGUUCGUGAGAUCGCUCAAGACUUCAAGACCGAUCUCCGUUUCCAGAGUUCCGCCGUAAUGGCCCUGCAGGAAGCAAGCGAAGCUUAUCUCGUCGGUCUCUUCGAAGACACGAACCUGUGCGCUAUCCACAAAAUGACCGGUCGCGGUAAAGGUGGAAAGGGUCUGGGGAAAGGAGGCGCGAAGCGACACAGGAAAGUGCUCCGUGAUAACAUCCAAGGUAUCACGAAACCGGCCAUCCGUCGUCUCGCACGCAGAGGCGGUGUGAAACGUAUAUCCGGUCUGAUAUACGAAGAGACUCGCGGUGUCCUCAAAGUGUUCCUCGAGAACGUAAUCCGCGACGCCGUCACCUACACCGAGCACGCGAAGAGGAAGACCGUCACCGCCAUGGACGUAGUGUACGCCCUGAAACGUCAGGGACGUACUCUGUACGGUUUCGGCGGUUAAAAUGUUUUCGAUGUUUUAUUUUGAAAAAUUAUACAAAAAAAAAUUAAUAAUUUACAAAUAAU